UGAGUUUUUCCUUCGGGUUUAGCUCGCAGGGAAUCCUGCCUCCCGUUUUCAGAAUGGAUUACUUCCCCGUGAUCUUCUCCCUGCUGUUUGUGGCUUUCCAAGGAGCUCCAGAAACAGCCGUCCUGGGCACCGAGCUCAGCACCUACGAGGACAGCAGAGGAGAGGAGGCCUUUCCCAGUGCACCCCGCCGUCCCAAGCGCUGCUCCUGCUCUACCCUGCUGGAUAAAGAGUGUGUCUACUUCUGCCACCUCGAUGUCAUCUGGAUCAACACUCCCGGGAAACUUGUUCCAUAUGGACUUGGAAAACCUCCUAGGGCCAAGCGAUCCUUAGAGGACUCAUUUCUUACAAAAGCAACAGUCCAGGGGAACAGAUGCCAGUGUGCUAACCAAAAAGACAAGAUGUGCUGGAAUUUUUGCCAAGUACGGAGACAACCCAGGAGCCAAGACACUAUGGAAGAAGACUGGAACGAUCAAAAGAAAGAAAAAGCCUUUUCAGGGCUUGGGAAGAAGCGUAUUCAUCAGCAGCUGGUGGGAGGAAGGAAAAUGAAGAGGUCGGAUAACCACAGCAACAGAAUCAAAGCUUCUCGCCCUAAAACAGGCGGCCCACAGCAGAAUGUGACCAACAACCGCACACACUGAUCCCAGACGCCCCGCCUGACGCCUCCUCCCAGGGAGGCAGCCGCGCUGCGCGGCUCACCGCACUCUCUCCACACUCUGCACUCACCUGCAUCACCGCAAAAACCUCCUCCCUGCAUAGACCAUUUCUUGCUCCAGACUGGCAAGGGACCAUCGUCCUCCUAAACAUCCCAAGAACAGUGAAGGAGUCCCCCAGCGCGGCUUCAUUUGCUGUGUCUCACUCAGCGCCCGCCCGGCACAUUUCAGGGAGAAACUGCAAAGUCCACAAAGAGAUUCCCCCUGGGGAAUGCACAAAUUGAAAACAUAUUCAAGCGAAAACGAAUUUGGUUUCUUUAAUUCACAAAAUGCAAAAGUGAAACCGUUACUACUGUCAAUCAGGAUGUGUUUCGUAAAUGAGUCUACCUCACCUGUAUUGCACUCGGACAGGAGUAUUUCCCCACCUUUAAUGAUUGCCUCCCAAACUCUGUCCCUCCCCUGAAGCCUCCACACUAACUCCUAGCCUCACAGAAGUCUGGUCCAGUGUGUCGGUGGUGGAUAUAACAUUUUCGUGGUAAUCUACUAGCUCCGACCCCUAAGAAAAACGAUCAUCGAACCAGGAGGUUCCCUUACCUUGAUUUCCAGAAACACAGUGGUAUAGGGUUGUUUAAAAGACAUCAGAGAGUAAACAUUGCUUAUGCUUCAAAGCAGUAAAAUUAUUUUCUUUUAUGUAACUGGCAAAUGGAAGAGAUUGGAUUAAAUUUUGAUGUACUUAUUUUUUUAUAGAUAUUUAUAUUCAAACAAUUUAUUCCUUAUAUUUACCAUGUUAAAUAUGUCUGGGCAGGCCAUAUUGGUCUAUGUAUUUUUUUUUAAAUGUUAUUUCUGAAUGAAAUUGAGAAAAUGCUUUGUUUUGCCUGUCAAGGUAAUGACUUUAGAAAAUAAAUAUUUUUUCCUCUACUGUA